CUUAACCGUCAUCAGAGUGGCGGGCUUCCAACCAAUCGUAGUGUUCGCGGUCUUCAAUCAGCAUUUCAAGAACCCUACCGAGGAAAGGCGCACAAGCUGCUUAUCAAGGUAUUGAACAAGUAUUGGCAGUCGAGUGUCGGGAUCGAACCAAGCCAGAGACCAUACAAUUGGUCUCUAUCAGUCAUCCAGUCUUCGGGUAUGGGGAAAUCCAGAAUGGUCAAUGAAGCCGCGCUCUCCGUAUUUACGAUUCCAAUCAAUAUUCGUGAGGAGCUGGGCCCUAAUCUCAAAACCUAUCCCCCUCCGGACAGGCAGUUUCGCGACUAUUUUCACGGACACGACGUAAAAAGCGAUAUUCGGCUGCAGGCAGAGUAUGCAAUUCUAUUGAGCGUGCUGUUCACGAAGGCCACCGAACUUCUUGAGAAACCCAUUUUCAAACAUGAAACAGGAGCGGCGCUAGCGAGCCAAUGGGCUGAUUAUCUCGACGAUGGACAGACUGAUAUCGAAGCUGGUACGAAUAGGAACGAGUUUCUGGAUUCUGUGGCGAAUCGGGCAUACCAGCUUCAAUUAGUGGAGCUAGGCCUUCUACAGCAAGAUCAAAAAACAGCCCAAACGAAACUGGACGACUCCAUAAACCGAAUGCAGGACUCGUGCCGCAAGUUUGUCAAGGCCAUCUCUAGUUACGAAGGGAGAGCAAAAGAAGUCAAAGGCAUCGUAUAUUUUGACGAAGCUCACCAGCUUACCGAACCCAUCCCACCGGGAAGGAAGACCGACGCAAGGAGUCGCUCACCCUAUCACAACCUUGGCAUAGUGCUAUCUGAGCUAAUCGAUUUCCCCGUUUUCUUCAUUUUCUUAUCUACGAGCUCUCAUCUCCAGACAUUCGCUCCCUCGCCCGCCAGCCAUCCCUCAGUUCGCAUUGCUCAGGGCCUCCCUCCUUUCACCGAGCUGCCGUUCGACAUCUUUGUGGGCGAAGUAUUUGAAACUUUGAAAAGCCAGGGGAAAUUUUUCAGCCUUGAAAACGUGGGCCAAACGAGUGUGAUGGCAGGAUUUGGACGGGCCCUAUGGUAUGUCCACCACAAAGCCUGGUUGGAUCAUCAAGGAUUUCCCGUUAUAUCGUUCGCCGGAGAGAAACUGUUCGCGCAAGGGAACAAAGCGCGAGUAUUCCACUCUUUAAUCGCUGCUCUGGGGGUUCGCAUCGGGAUAGCUUUCGACACUACCACUCAAGCCUCGAAGACCAUGGAAUCAGAACUCGUCGAAUCGCACAUGCGUGUUGUUUAUGCCAUCCCCGAGCAUCGUGAGUUUAUGCGUGCCGGAUCGCCCUCUGAGCCUAUACUGGCUGAGGCAGCAGCGAGGCGUCUGAAUGGCCCUUCGGAUGGCAAUGGAAUAGAAAUUCAAGGCCCAGAAAUCCUAGCUCAGGCUUGCACAAAGGGACUUCUUGCGAAGGGAGUGCGUGGGGAAAUCUGCGGCCGACUUCUUGUGACCAUUGCACAUGAUAUCGCCGUCCGACAAAAGCACUCUUUGCCAGAUCUUUACUCACCUGACCCACAUUUCCAUCGACCUGUCCAUGUCCUCGACUUUCUCAGGGCUCUAUUUGCGAAGCAAUUCGAAACUGUGAUAUUGAAAGCCAACUCGGUGACGGCCAGGGAGGGUAUCCCUAAUUUGGAAACAGCAUUUGCGAAUGCUUACAUCUUUUUUUCCCAUUUCGCUCUGGCCAAAAAUUCCGAGAUGCUCUCUGCUCGAAACUUGGCGGUAGCUCUACUGCGUGGCAUGGCUCUGCAAGCCAAAGAUCAUCAGGAGUCGAUCGAUGCCGUUAUCCCUGUUCAUAUGGGUGACCCAACCGAGUCUAUCUCGCCGGCAUCGACAUCAGCGAUUAACUUGCAAUUCAGGAAUCGGAAAGAGGCCAAAUAUUGCCGCGUACCUCGCCAGACCACUGUUCCAGAUGAAAAGGUGGCAGUAAUAUCCAUCAUUUUCGAGUUUGGAGCCAGGAAGAUAGGGGAGCCUGGACUUGUGACCGUUACUAAAGACAUACCUCACGACGCUCGCAGCUCUGCCAGCAAAUUACACAGGGACGACCAUCAUUAUGAAAUUGUCGCUCACGGUUGCAUAUCGGAGACUUUCGCGGCGAUUCCAUCGGCUGUCGAGUCACAGUACCAGUCUAUCCUCUCGGCUCAGACUAUUGUUGAGGACUUUCCUCGGGCAGGAGACGAGGAAUGUUUGCAGGCGUUUGAAAACUUAAGACCGUUCUUUGAUGGCCUUCAAGAACCAGUGAAGUGGAGAAAAUGAUGAAUUGUAUGUACGUGCAUGGUAUUGAUGACCAAGAUCCUAGGAAUGUAUGUAUGACGCAGCAAAUCACAGUGGGAAGUAACCCCGGUGGAUGGUAUAGGGUUGCCCCGGUACCGGCCCUGCUAGGUAGUAGGGAGCCCCAUUACUAUCUGACCGGGCAAACCAUCAGAGUUCGAGUGCCGGGGCUUCCUAUCAAACAUGCGCAGUCUGACAGGGUACCCCGGAAGAACUGACAGGAUGGCCUGGAAGUUAUUGAUAGCCU